AUGAAUCUAUACAACUGGGAGGCCACGUCCGGCGCCCGCCGCGGCAAGGUAAAGAAGACGGGAACCGUUGUCCUCCACGCCAAUGACGCCGUAGACCUCGCUUUCGAGGCCCUGCAGAAAGAGUGCCCACUCAGCCGUGACGACCACCACUCUUCAGACGCCGACGCAAAUAAGGAAAGGAGGAAGGCGCCACUGAUGACCGCCGCCACGGCGAAGGCCUUGGUGAAGAAGAUGGGAUUUUCCAGCCUCUUGCCGUGUCAGGCGCAGUGCUACCGCGGCAUCUUUCAUCGGCGCGACGUUAUUCUUCAUAGCCGCACAGGCAGUGGCAAAACACUGGCGUACGCGCUGCCAAUCAUUGAGCGACACACGAUAUUGGAGACGCACGCCGCUGCGGCCGCAACCGGUCCGUUUCUGCUCAUCUUCGUCUUCAGCAACGAGCUAGCCGUGCAGACUAAGGGAGUGCUCAAGCGGCUUUACCCCAAGCUGCACAUUUGCGUCGCGGGGUUCGAGGACCUCACCACGCAGCGGUGCGACGUCGUGAUUGGCACCGUGCCCGCCCUGGACGCGGCCAUCCGAGGCCGGAAGUCUGAUGACGUUAAGCAGGGGGUGAAGCGAGGACGCCAGCAUGGGGGACACGCGGAAAGGGACGAAAAUGAGGAUGCAAGCGACGACAUGGAGGAAGAGGAGGAGGAGGAGGAGGAGCGAGAAGAAGAAGUGAAUGAGGAGGAAGAGAAUGAGGGCAACGACGCUGCGGAGGCCCUAGUGGCGGGCGCGGUGGACGCCUCUGACGUCCGCGCGAUUGUGAUAGACGAGGUGGACCUGACGCUUGGCCCCCGCUUCUCCAACGCUGGGCGCCGCAUGCGGAACCUCCUCAAGUUCAUUCGCAAGGCUAACGGCUCCUUGACCGAAGGCCUGAUGACUGACUUUCGCUCCCAUCACUACGUCCUCUGUGGCGCGACGAUCCCAAACUGGGUGCUGAAGGCCGGCUUCCUCGGCGUGAAGAAGUACUACUACCAACUUGUGACCGUCGGCACAGCGAAGCUGCCAGAAAAGCUGGAAUGCUUUACGAUGCAUUGCCCUUACAAGUCUCGCGUGGAAACGGCGGCGCGCCUGCUCGCCGCGGAGCGGUUUGGUCGCACGGUGGUGUUCGGCACCAGGCGCCAGAUUGAGCGGCUGGAGGCUGAGCUCGCGGCCAAGCCACUGGACUUGUCCUUUCGCUCGCUAAGCCCGUCCAAGGACGAGCUUGACAGGAUUGCCGCACUGGAAGACUUUAACGGCGGCGCCGCCAGUGUUAUCCUCUGCACCGAUCUUGCCGCCCGCGGCCUGGACUUUGUGGAAGUCGACGUUGUGCUCAUGCUUUCCCUGCCGGUGCACAACAUGGCCGUCGAGACGUUUGUGCACCGCGCCGGCAGGACGGCGCGCGCCUCCCACAGUGGCCGGUGUCUCCUGCUGCAGGAUGAAAGAGAGAAGGACACGCUGGAGGCUGUCCGAAAAAAUGCACACGCCGUCUUCAAGGUGUACCUGCCGCGUGGUGCGGCGGCGCAAAACGCGGAGGCCGCCACAUCGGCCGAAGGGAAAGCGAAGCCCCGCGCGGCAGCAGCUGUGGCCGGAACAACACCGGCAACCGUCACGUUUGCGCUAACGGUGAGGAACCCGUUCAGGUACACCAGGCCCACCGCCCAGGUGCCCUCGGCGCUGGAGGUGUUGAGGAAAAAUAUGGGGGAUCUCUUUGCCAACGCUAGCAGCGUCGUUGAGGACGCUAAGCGCGAGACAGUAACCUUUGCGUACCCCGCAGACGCGUCGCACGAGGUAAAGCAGAAACUGUGGAAGUUUGCACUGAAGGAGGUCACCGCAAGCCAAGAGGUGUAA